ACUGUCUCCCCACCCUGCACAGCCUGUGUGUGUGAUUGCAUACAGGCGGAUAUCACUGACAUAAAAUAAGACAGGAAAAGGAGACGGUCUGUCGACUUCUGUGUUGAAGCCGUCCAUCAGGUUCCUUCUGCCCUCAGCCCACGGCCUCUCUCAUGGGGAAAGCCAAAGACAGGACUGGGCCCUUGGCUCGGAGGCCAGACAACUCUGCUUUUAAGCAGCAGCGGCUGCCUGCCUGGUCUCCAAUGCUAACUGCUAACACUGUGCUGCCCUUCUUCUACCUCCUGGCUCUGAUGUGCUUGCUGCUGGGAGUCUGGCUGCUCCUCACUGUGCAGAGUACACAGGAAUUAAAGCUGGACUAUACUGAUCUCGGCAGCUGCAGUGAAUGUUAUGAGUUGCGAAAGAAUGUGAGCUACGCAGAGCGGGACUGCCGCUGCAAGGUGGAGUUUUACAUUGACCAAACAUUUAAGGGAGAUGUCUUUUUUUACUAUGGUCUUAGAAACUUCCAUCAGAACCUCCGCAGGUAUAUGGACUCCAGGGAUGAUGCACAGACGCUGGGCAGGGAGAGUCAAUUAAAGAAUCCAAGUACUUACUGUGAACCUUUUAUAAAAGACAAGGACGGAGUCCCCAUCGCUCCCUGCGGAGCUGUCGCCAACAGCAUGUUCAAUGAUUCUUUCUCCUUUAACUAUCAGACUUCCAGCGGUCAUAUUAUGCCUGUUCCUCUCUUACGGAAAGGCCUCACAUGGUACACAGACAAAAACAUCAAGUUCCGCAACCCAAAGACGGGCAAUCAAACUCUGGCUCAGGUGUUUGAAGGUACCAGACAGCCUCUGUACUGGCAGAAGCCUGUAUACGACCUGGACCCGAGUGACCCGACCAAUAAUGGUUUUAUUAAUGAGGAUCUGAUCGUCUGGAUGAGGGAGGCAGCUUUCCCCAACUUUAAGAAGCUUUAUGGGAUUUUAAACCGGGCGGGAGAUCCUUUCACACACGGGCUUCCAAAGGGAAACUACAGCAUCCAGAUUUCAUACAACUUUCCUGUGCAGCCCUUCCAGGGCAGGAAGUUAGUGGUUCUGACCACACUGACCUGGUUCGGAGGCCAGAACCUUUUCCUGCCGAUUGCUUACCUCGUAACCAGCAGCCUGAUCCUGCUGAUGGCCGUCGUCCUCACAGUGGCCUGGUGGAAGUUUGGAAAGGAUGGGAAGAACAUGAAGGAGUGAUGCGCCGUCUUGCCGACGACUAAAACGCAUAAAGUAGUAACAGAUACCUCUACUGCAGAGGAGGAAAUAAGUGAGAAAUCGAGGCUGAUAAAGUUCAAACUUAAUAUUUAAAAGCUGUUGUAAAACGAGGUUGUCGUGCUGCGCUCUGUGUCUCAGCUGAAAUUUUAAUGAAAUACUAAAGCACAAGGUGUUGAUACAUGAUGUUUUUAGAUCUUUUUAAACAAACUGAGAUGAUAUAUUGAAUGACUUUAAAAAAAAAAAAAAGAAUUAACUUUUUGGUUGACCAAACAUUAAACUGAAAUAAAAAAACAAGAUUUUCUACAGAGUAGCUGAUAUGCUUGUGACUGGAAUCAGCCAAUCAGAAACUCAAACUACGAACACGUUAAGCUGAUUUCCAACUGAUGGGGAAAUGAGAACAUUGCUUUUAACCACACCUAAGCAGUGUAGCAUUUCAUUUAUGAGGUGAAAUAUUGAUUAGAGUUAUAACUGCAACUAAGGACUACUUUGUAAAUCGAUUAAUCUGUCGAUUAUUUUUUCUAUAAAUAAUCAGAUAGCCAAAGUUCUGGAUAGAGGAUGUUGGCAGAGGAAAAAGUUUUUCUUAAAUGCAGGAUUUUUUUUUUUUUUUUUACAAUUUUUAUAUUCUCCAAGUCUUUAUAUUCCAGUUAUUACUAAAAGAGUUGACGAUUAUUUCAAUAAUUGAAUAAUCUGAUUGUUUCAGGCCUACUUAUAGCAACAGGAGGUUCUAUGACUUUACAGUUUUGAGAAAAAUAAAAUUUUAAGUGAAAUUAAUCAGAAAAGAUUAAAAAUGAACAAAUAAAUGAAUUUUUCUUUUAAAAGC